CUCCUCUCCCCUGUAUUUUUGAUUGUCUACUGACAGUAGGAUUAUCUGGUAAGAAAAUUCAUGGAUUAGACCAGGGAUGAGCAACACGCAGCCCGCGGGCCGCUUGCGGCCCGUUAAACAUGUUUAUGCGGCCCGCCAAGCAUUUUUAAAAUUGAAUUUAUUUUAUCGACUUUCUCCCAUCAAUAUAUUGUUAUAAAAUUAAUUAUAAUAAAUUGGUAGUACAUACUAAACCGAAACAACUUUUUGUGACGAGUUACUCACUUGUCGGCGACUUGUUCAAACAUGCAAUACGAACGCGCCGCGUCUGCGUGAUUUUUUGUGACGAGAUACACACUUGUCGGUGACUUGUUCAAACAUGCAAUAUGAACGCGCCGCGUCUGUGCUUGUUUGUGUUUGCUUCUGUCACACAAUCAGUCAGACUGGUAAGCUGUUAACUAGCAAUUUUAGCAAUUCUUGUGUUUCUUGAAAGGCGUGAGUGCAAUAUUAUUGUCAAAAAGGUAAUAUUAGAGUUUUUUAUUCAAAAUUAAGUUUUCCUACAAAUUUUUUUAACUUUCAAAUUUUUAAUCCAUAAUAGCAUGUCGGAAAAGCAAACAAAAAAACGGAAGGUUGCGGAUGAGCACAGGCAUUUCCAAGAAAAGUGGAAAUUUGAUUAUUUUUUUCACUUUCAUCGAAGAUAAAGCUGUAUGUUUAAUAUGCUCAGAGACUGUGUUGACAUUAAAAGAAUAUAACAUAAAAAGGCAUUACGAUACAAAACCUGAACAACAAUAUAAAAACUUAACAGGACAACUCCGGAUAGAUAAGUUUAUUCAAAUGGAGAAAAACUUGGGAAAACAACAGGCUAUUUUUAAAAAUCAAGCUAUUUUAUCAAAUACAGCAGUAAAGGCUAGUUUUGUUGUCAGUCAAAUACUGGCAAAAAAAUGAAAUCCUUUGCGGAUGGAGAGAUGAUAAAAGAAUGUCUGACUGCUGUUGCAGAAAUAGCAUUUCCUGAUAAAAUAAAUAUUUCAAACAUUAGUUUAUCAAGAUUCACCAUUGCAAGGAGAAUUGAAGACUUGUCCGAGAACAUAGCAACAACGCUUCGUGAACGCAUUGCAAAAUUCGAAUACUGUUCUUUGGCACUUGAUGAGAGUUGCGAUAUUAGUGAUAUGGCACAACUGGCUAUAUUUUUACAUGGUAUUGACACCAAAUUUAAUAUUACUGAAGAAUUGUGUUCACUGAUUCCAAUGCAAGGGACUACAACCGGCAAAGACCUGUACGAUGAACUAAAGUCUGUGUUGGAAAAUUUUUCAAUUUCAUUAGAACAGAUUAUUGGUAUAUCGACAGAUGGAGCAUGAGCAAUGUCAAGCAUGUAGGUAGGAAUAUCGGGAAGGCUAUUUCAAGACAUUAAGAAGGUCACAGGAAGGGAAAUAUUCGUUAACCACUGCAUAAUUCACCAGGAAAAUUUGUGCGAAAAGAUUGAGUUUGCCAAAUGUCACAGUACCAAUAAUUAAACUAAUCAAUUUUAUAAAGUCACGCGCGUUAAAUCACCGUGAGUUUAAAGAAUUCCUGAAAGAUUUAGAAACUGAAUAUGGCGACGUGGUUUUUAAUACCAAAGUACUGUACGUUGGCUUAGUAGAGGUGCAAUGAUAAAAAGAGUAUACAACUUAAAAAGCGAAAUACAAUUGUUCUUGGAUAUGAAGGGAUAUGCCUUUCCUCAUUUUGGUAAUAAAGAAUGGAUGUGAAAUUUUGGGUUUCUUAUCGACAUGACUCAGCAUCUCAAUGAUCUUAAUGUGGAACUUCAUGGCAAAGGACAGUUUAUUCACAAUUUGUAUGAUAAAAUUCAGGGCUUUGAGCGCAAAUUAAAAUUGUGGAAACAGCAUCUUUUGCAGAAUAAUGUGUCUCACUUUCCACAUUUAGAAAAAGAAAACGUUACUACUUCUCAAAAAUACGCACAAUAUAUAGACAUUUUAAUCAACGAAUUUCAAUUACGAUUCCAAAUGUUCAAAGCUGAGAAGACAGCGGUUUCCAUGAAAAUGUUUUCCUCGCCAUUUAAUAUCGAUGUGGAUACAGUUCCCGAAGACUUUCAAAUGGAAGUGAUUGACAUGCAGAAUAAUACCGAUUUAAGAAAUGUAUUUUUCUCAGUAAACAUCGAAAAUUUUUAUAAAUCUUAUGCGAGCCCUGAGAAAUUUCCGCUUUUGACGAAAAAUGCAAAGCAAAUGAUGUCUCUGUUCGGAAGUACGUAUGUUUGCGAACAAUUAUUUUCAACCAUGAAAUUAAUCAAAAAUGACCACCGAUCAAGACUGAGUGAUGCACGAUUAGAAAGCUGCGUACGUGUAACUACCUCAUCAAUUCCGGUUGAUAUUGAUCAGCUUGUGUCAAAAAACAGUGCCAAAAUUCUCAUUAAAAAUUUCAAGUAAAUUCGUUUUUCUGUUCUUUUCUUGUUU